CUCUAAAACGAUAAAUCCACAACACGCGUUCACGAUUCCCAAUCACAAAUGGCCACAGAAAAUCCCACAUCCUUGUUCUACCUUUCCAAAUCUACAAUCACCCGAGUUCCCACCCCGACCUCCGACGACGGGUUCACCUUCGUUCCCGAAUCCAGAUCCCAACCUCCGACGGCGGGUUCCCCUUUGUUCCCGAGUCCAGACCCCAACCUCCGACGGCGGCUUCGCCUUCGUUCUCGAGUCCCGACCCCAACCUCCGACGGUGGCUUCGCCUUCGUUCUCAAGUCCCGACCCCAACCUCCGACCAGAGAUUCAGCAGAUCUGGUGAUUCACCGCUGCCGCAACACCUCCGGAGACGGCUGAAUCAAACAGUGAUGACUGCAUGCACGAGGAAGAUAGAGAGUCGCCUCCCGCCGGAGAUGUUGCUCUGCCUCGGAAGUUUCCCCAAUCGCCUGCUAUUUAAGCUCGGUGCUCUGUAGAGAGUGGGUUAAUAGGGGGAAGAUGAGGGUCAGUUGGGGGAAGAUGAAGAGGGGAAAAGACGAAGUACUUCCGGUAUUUGAAUAACCGGGAAUGAUAACC